AUGCUCUGUCUGGUGGUGGAUGCACUGCCGCCCACGGAGUGGGAGGCGGCGCUGGCGUGUCUGCAGGGGGAUCUGAGUGGGGACGCGGGCCUGCUUUGCCGCGUUAUUCCAAGGGUGCUCCCCGCCAGCUGGGAGUGCGCCCUGCGGCUCCUAUCCACGGACGGCGCAGCGACAAACACGGCGAUGGAGUGCGUCGUGGGAUGCGAGCAAGUGCCACUGCGGCUGCGAUUGGGGGCGUGGCAGCGCCUCCUGCCGUCGCUGCCGGUGUCGAUGAGGCACCAGGCGGCCCCCGUCUACCUCCGCCUUUCCCUUGCCGUCUCCGACCACGGCCGUUGCCUCCUGGCCGGCGUGGAUGGGCUCAGCGUGCUUGAGCGCUCUGUACGGGGCCUGCGACACGACUUUCGAAACUACGCCGCCUUCGUCUACCACCGCGCCGUCGUGCAUCGCCACUGGUGCCACGCCUCGCUUGACCCUGCGGCUGGUGUGAGGGCCUUUAGGGCUCUCAGUGGCAUCGCAGAGCGGGAUGCGCGGUGCGAGGUGAGCGUGGCUGCGCUGGAGCAGCUAAGCGACCUCGUCGGGCGGCAAUCGCCCGUAGCGUAG